AUGUCUGCUGAAUACAAGCCGAAGUCGUGGAAGAAGUGGUUGAAGAAGCCCUUCGGGCGGCGUCGUGUAGCCUCGCCGGCUCCGUCUGCCACACUGUCGACGGAGUCAUGUGCCCCCUCCUCCCCGUCUGCCGCAGCGGCGAAGGCUGCCCAACCCCGCACAGAUGCGAGAGUUCCCAACGAUCACCAACCACCCGCGGCAUCGCAAGCACUGCCUCCUGCUCUGCCCGCCGAACCCGCACCCAAACCUCCGCCGACUGAAUGUACAGACCCACCGACCCCUACCCUUUCCGUGUCCGAGAGACUGUGGAACGCCGCCUACGACAGUCUUGAGACGGACAAUGCAGAGCUUGUCGCGUCAUACCUGAAAACGUUGGAAACAGUUCUCGGAGCCAACCCAGGUAUUACCCCUGACACCGACAUCUCGGCCGAGUUCCAUGACCCGACCAAACGACAGAUGCACAUGAGGAGGCUGGUGGAGGAAGGCCGGGCGAAAAUCUCCAGAGCGUCCAAGAUCACGAACGGAGUAGGCGACGUCGCCGAUUUCGUCCUGUCGGUCAAGGGAAUAAUUGACCUGGCUGUCCAAAGCGUGCCGCAGGCUGCGCUUCCGUGGGCCGGUGUUUGCGUUGGACUGCAAAUGCUCCGGAAUCCUGCGCAAGCGAUGAAAUCCAACCUUGCCGGUCUCGCCCAUGUCAUCUCCAGAAUGGACUGGUACUGCGCGCUCACCGAACAUCUCCUGAACAAGAAAAACGUUGCUACUGGCAAGGAUAUCCAAGCAGUCUUGCGCCAGCUGGAAAGGAGCAUUGUCGAGCUCUACAAAGCUCUUCUCCAAUACCAGAUGAAGAGUGUUUGUUCCUACUAUCACAAUCAAAUGCUUGAAUUCCUCCGCGGUAUGGUCAAUCUGGAUGAUUGGGACGUCGAUCUGAAGCUUGUUACCGACGCAGAGGCUACCGUUCAAAACGAUGCUGCCCAAUUCUUUCAAGAACAAACGAAAAUUUCAUUAGGAAAACUUGUUGAGCAUGCCGAGGGAAUGGAGAGACGACUCGGCGACAUCCGUCAGGACAUUCGGGACUUCAUCUCGCUGCAGAAGGACGCCCGUAGGGAUGAUAUCGAGUCAGCGUGCCGCAGAGAUCUCCGCGUCGUUGAUCCGCAACACGACAUGGAGCGGAUCGAGAAGAGUAAGGAUGAGCUGCUCGAUGACGCGUACAAAUGGAUCCUUCGCACCCCGGAGUAUACAGCGUUCACAAGCUGGGACGACAGCGGAUCCGAUCGUCCGCCACGUCGAUUGCUCUGGAUAAAAGGACACGCCGGCACGGGAAAGACGAUGCUCAUGAUCGGGCUCAUUCGCCAGCUCUCGGAUCAACCUGUUGCCCUAUCACCAGCACUUUCCUUCUUCUUCUGCCAAGGCACACACACAGCCUUGAACAACGCCACCGCCGUCCUCAGGUCUUUGAUCUGGCUUCUUCUUCUUCAGCAGCCAUGCCUCAUAUCCCAUCUACUUCAGAAAUACAAAGAGUCAGGCGCGGAUCUCUUCAGGGAUCAAAAUGCCUUCAUUGCCCUGUCCGAGGUGUUUCGGAAUAUGUUGAAGGAUCCUCGGCUGUCGCCUGUCUACCUCGCGGUCGACGCUCUUGAUGAGUGCGUGCAGGGGCGAUCGGACGUCAUCCAUCUCAUUUCGACUUCCCUCAGCGUCUCCCAGAAGGUGAGAUGGCUACUCUCUAGCCGUCCAGAAGUUGACCUUCUCGCUGGACUCAAGGAACAGAGCGUUAACUCCUUCAACCCUUCCAACUCCCUCGUCGAGCUAGAUACUCAGCGUCUAGAAGAACCUGUCAAUGCAUACAUCAACCACAAGCUUAUGGAGCUCAAGUACAGGGAAGGGUAUGACGACCGCAUUUUGGCUGAGGUCUCUCAUGAAGUCCGGCAACGAGCGGAGAACACGUUCCUCUGGGUGGCUCUCGUGUUCAAAGAACUCAGUUCAGUGGAGGGCUGGGACGCUGUCGAGACCGUCCAGAGCAUCCCUCCGGGCUUGACAGAUUUGUACGGUCAUAUGAUGGCCAGGAUUGAUGAAGGGAACAAGCAAAACCGGCAACGCUGCAAAAAUGUACUCGCGGCUACAUUCCUUGUACAUCGGCCUCUGUCACUCUCCGAGCUUAUUGUAGUUGCAGGUUUGCCAGCGAAGAGUAAUCCCCGGACAAUUGUGGACCGAUGCGGCUCAUUUCUAACAAUCAAGGACGAAACGGUCUACCUAAUCCAUCAGUCCGCGAAGGACUAUCUGGGCGACAAUUACGCGACUAGACUUCAACCAGCUGGGCCCGCUCAAGGGCACAGCGAGAUUGUCAGGCGCUCGACUGAUGCGAUGUCCUCAAUGCUAAGACGCAACAUAUACGACCUCGACCCCGGCUCUGAGCCGGAGAAUAUGGCGCCCCCUGAUCCAGAUCCGCUAGCUCCAAUACGAUACUCUUGUAUAUUCUGGGCCGACCAUCUCUGCUCCAUGAACAGCGACAACUCCGGGUUUCUAGGAGAAUUGACAGAUGACGGGAAGGUGUUUGGAUUCCUGGAGGAAUGCUUCCUCCGCUGGCUUGAGAGCUUGUCUCUUAUAGGGCAACUUUCCAGUGGGCUGCUCUCGAUAAGAAAGAUUCUGCAUGCCGCUCAGACCACUGGGGCGCGCACCGGCAGACGCUCGAGGGGCAUGGCGCACUCGGUCAGGGCAGUAGCGUUCUCGCCAGAUGAUAAGAUACUCGCAUCGGCUUCGGACGAUCAGACGAUCCGGCUCUGGGAUACAGCAACCGGCACACACCGGCAGACGCUCGAGGGGCAUGGUAGCUGGGUUAGGGCAGUAGCAUUCUCGCCGGAUGGCAAGACACUUGUAUCGGCUUCAUAUGAUGACACGAUCCGGCUCUGGGAUACGGCGACCGGCGCGCACCGGCAGACGCUCAAGUGGCAUAGCCGCUCGGUCAAGGUAGUAGCGUUCUCGCCGGACAGCAAGACGCUCGCAUCGGCUUCAGACGAUAGGACGAUCCGGCUGUGGGAUACGGCGACCAGCGCGUACCGGCAGACGCUCGAGGGGCAUAGCGCCUCGGUCACCGUAGUGGAGUUCUCGCCGGAUGGCAAGACACUCGCAUCGGCUUCGUACGAUAACACGAUCCGGCUCUGGGAUACGGCGACCGGCACACACCGGCAGACACUCGAGGGGCAUAGCGCCUGGGUCAGUACAGUAGCGAUCUCGCCGGACGGUAACACGCUUGCGUCGGCUUCGCACGAUAAGAAGAUCCGGCUCUGGGAUACGGCGACCGGCGCGCACCGGCAGACGCUCGAGGGGCAUGGCAACUCAGUCAGCGCAGUGGCGUUCUCGCCGGACGGCAAAUGUCUCGAGACAGACCGAGGGCUGCUGAGUAUAACCGGAAAUUCAGAAGCUUCAAGCAGCUCUGGAGGCCAGAAACCCGCCAGUGGUUUUCUCUUCGUCGACGACGAUUGGGUUAUAAUAAAUGGGAAGCGUGUUCUUUGGCUUCCCGCUGACUAUCGGGCAACAUGUGUGGCGGUUCAUGGCCAUGCACUCAUCCUAGGGCACAGCUCUGGCCGAGUGACGUUCUUUCGCGUUAUUGAUCAUGGCGGAGACAAAUGUAGAGGCUGGUUUCAGGUCAAAGUGAUGUCCCAUAGCAUUUGGUUAACAUUGCUUCCCAAGUCCCCAUUAUACAUCAAUGACACAAUCUAUUUGGCAAACCCUGGGGGAGGCACCAGUCCCGUUAAACCAGAAGGGUCUGCCAGGUUCCUGGGAGUCUGGUUGGACUGGAAACUCAACUGGAAGGCCCACCUGGUGGCGGUGGAGAAGAAGCUGAGGACCCAGAGCUAUGCCCUAUCGAGGAUCGUGGCAAAGACAUGGGGAAUGGGGCUAGCCAAAGCGCGAGAAGUGUACACAAAGUGCAUCCGGUCGGCGCUGGCCUAUGGCGCAUCAUCGUUUCACAUCCCCACGGAUGUGGGAGGCGAGCCGGUAAAGAAAGGCAUCACUAAGGCCCUCGGGAAGGCCCAGAACAAGAGCUUGCGGAUUGUGGCGGGAGCCUUUAAGUCUACCCCCAUCCGUAACCUCGAGACAGAGACAUGGGUACCACCAUUGGACUUGUACCUAAACAAACGGCUUGCAGAUUUCGAAAACCGACUCCAACGACCCGAUCUGGACGACGGUCGAGGCGGCAAGAAGACGGCGGCGAGCGUUGUCCUCACCGCCUGCCGCAAGAUACAGCAGAGACUUAGCUCGAGGAGGGGCAACAGGGGCCGACCGCGAACCUUGGGACCUCAAGGGCCUACGGUGGUGGAGAGAGCCGCGGACACGGUCAUGCGCUGGACGGGGGGAACCGUUGAUACGAACAGGGUAGUAGAAUAG